AUGCUACGCGUCACUAUCUUCACCGUUGCACUUGCAUUUCUCUUCCAAUCAGCGCCAGUCACAGCACGAUUUGGCUCUCCAGGAAGAGCACGGCCGAAUGCAUCGCCGCCGCGAUAUGAAGCUUCCCAGAAGCCAAAAGUGACCGACAGGCCGGACUAUACUCCACCUCGCAGAACUGCCUCCGCAGCACGUGAAACUAGUCUCAUCAAUGCAUGCGACUAUGUACAAUGCAGCAACACUGGAAUCACUGCGUCCACCACCCGUCCGACCACGACCACUCCCCUAAACACUGCCUACACCAACUGUGCCAUAGCCUGGUAUACACUUGCCUACUAUGAGUAUGCGUAUUACCCUUAUUGGGACUACUACGAUGACGACGAUAUGGCCCAAGUGCUUUGUUAUCGGGACAGCCCAGCUAACUCCCUUGUUUGGGCACCAAAUGCAUUCGAUACGCCAUGGAACGAUUGCUUGAAGUGGGCGAGUACGGCCGCAAAAAGUGACCAGCCGUACUAUGAAGCAGUUACAAGUUUCUGUGCGACGAAGGGGAAUGUGUUGAAAGCGAGUAGUACGGAUACGGCGGUGCCGUUUCUGGCGAGUGCGGAGGUUACGGCAGCGGCAACGACGGCUGGGGGAAAGGGAGGCGGAAGCUUGACAGGCACAGCUGGAAAUCCCGCAAAGACGGGAGCAUGUAGUGUGCUUAGGUUGCCUUCGUGGUUUGCGGCUGUUUAUUUAACGUUGAUCUGCGGUGUUUUAUCGGAAUUCCUAAUGUAG